AUGGCGCAGGAAGAGCAUGAACCAAGCCUCUUGAUUAUUGGCGCGGGUACCUUCGGCACCUCCCUUGCCGUGCACGCCUCAAAAGCCUACACCGACGCCUCUAAGAUCACAAUAGUCGACCGCUGGUCGCCGGACGGCCCUGUACAAGACCAAAACGCUGCGGCAAUAGACAUCAACCGGAUUAUCCGGACCGACUACACUUCACCAUUAUACUGUAAUCUGGCCAAUGAAGCUAUUCAUUUCUGGUUCUGGAACAUGGAAGUUCAGGGCCACUUCCAUAAAGCAGGCUGGACGGUGUUCGAUGGUCCUGAGCAAAAUCGGCAUUUUCGAGACGGUGUUCACAAGACCUUUGGAAACAGGGGAUCCAAUGUCGUAAAAGAUGUCCACGCGGAUGAAUUGAUCAAGGACCAUGAGAUUCUAAAAGGUCUAGACGGCGAGAAGUUAGGGAAGAGGGGUAUUUCAACCCCGAGGCGGGGGUGGGUAAAUGCCGCCAAAGCGACGAAGGCGUAUUUGAGGGUUGCGGAAAGUCAGGGCGCGAAACGAGUCACCGGUGAGGUGGAAGAAAUCCUGUUCCGAGAUGAUGGCACGGGCUUGGAAGGUGCGAGGUUGCAAGAUGGAACAAUAUUGAAGGCAGACAAAGUCGUCCUUGCAGCCGGAGCCUGGACAAGCAGCCUGCUCUCACCGCUCGAAGACAUACUCAAGAUUGCGGACAAGGAUCGAAUCGAGCGGCAAGUUACAGCUGUCGGCCGCUUAUCAGCGUACUACGAUCUCAGCGAAGAAGAAGCGAACCAUCUGAUGGAGACCAAGCUCCCCAUUGUAGUAAUUGGUGGUGAAGUUGACAUCAUCCCACCUUACUAUCACAUACCGACUUUGAAGGUCAACGACCUCAAGACCGAGUUCACCAAUACCACCACCACCGCAGCUGGGCGGCGCAUCAGCGCACCAAGUAAGAAGAACCAGAUGCAAGUCCCAGCAAGGCUCAUUCAGCAGAGCGAAAGAGUCAUCAAGAACAGUAUCCCAGAAUGGACCAAGACACGAAGCCCCGAUCGCUGGCGGAUGUGCUAUGAUGCCGUCACGCCGACCGAAGACUGGGUACUGUCACGACAUCCAGACGAUCGAUUGAAGAAUCUGUACAUUGCAGUCGGUGGAAGUUUCCAUUCAUAUAAGUUCAUGCCAAAUGCGGGAAAGUAUUUGCUGAAUGUGCUGUAUGGGAAGAGUAACGGCGAAGAGAAGGAUAGAGCGUGGAAGUGGAAGAAUGAGGUUGAGCUGGAAGAGCGAGGGGCGAAGGAAUUCGGCGAGAGUCCUCGAAAUAGGACUCGACUAGAUCUAAAUGACUUCGAGGAAGAGAAGGCCAGAUUAUGA